GGUGUCUUAUUCCGGUUAGCUUGACGGAGGUAGCAGUCUGAUGGACUGUAUACACUAGUUAGGUUUUCAGCAGCAGAUUUCCACCGACUAACUGUGGCGGCCGGUUAAAUUCAGUGGUAUAUUUGACUAUCGGCACGUCUGUACAGUGAACAGAGCCAUGUCUCCAUCAGUGCGUCUCCAGGAGAUGAUCCGGGUCAUCAGGUCAGCCAGGACGCAGGGCGAGGAGCGGGGUGUCAUCCAGAGGGAGUGUGCUGCCAUCCGGGCACAGUUCAGACAAGCUGACAACGGGGGGCGCUCUCACAACCUGGCCAAGCUGCUUUACGUGCACAUGCUGGGCUACCCUGCUCACUUUGGUCAGAUGGAGUGUGUCCGUCUGAUAGCGAGCCCUCGCUACAGCGAGAAGCGUGUGGGAUACCUGGGAGCCAUGAUGCUGCUGGAUGAGAAGCAAGAUGCCAGCCUGCUAAUCACCAACUCCAUCAAGAAUGACCUCUCUCAUAGUAGCCAGUACGUGCAGUCCCUGGCUCUGUGCACGCUGGCUUGCAUGGGCUCCGCUGAGAUGUGCAGGGAUCUGGCGCCGGAGAUCGACAGGCUGCUACGAGCCUCCAACUCCUACAUCAAGAAGAAGGCUGCUCUGUGCGCCGUUCACAUUGUCAGAAAAGUCCCAGAGCUGGGGGAGCUCUUCACCCCCGCCGCGCGCUCGCUCCUCUCAGAGAAAAACCACGGUGUGUUACACGGCGCUGUGGUGCUGAUCACUGAGCUGUGUGAGAGGAAUCCAGAGACGCUGGAGCAGUUCAGGAAGACAGUGCCGGACCUGGUUCAAAUCAUGAAGGGCCUGGUAACAACAGGGUAUUCUCCAGAGCACAAUGUGGCAGGAAUCAGUGAUCCUUUCCUACAGGUCCGCAUCUUGAGGUUGCUGAGAAUCCUCGGCCGCAACAACGAUGCAGCGAGUGAUGCCAUGAACGACCUCCUCGCCCAGGUGGCUACCAACACUGACAGCAGUAAGACUGCGGGCAGUGCUGUGCUCUAUGAGACUGUUCUCACCGUGAUGGACAUCAAGUCAGAGAGUGGCCUCAGGGUUCUGGCUGUGAACAUCCUGGGAAGAUUUCUCCUCAACAAUGACAGGAACAUUCGGUAUAUUUCCAUGACAUCUCUGCAGAAGAUCGUUGUGACAGACCACAAUGCAGUGCAGCGUCACCGGGGCACCAUAGUGGACUGCCUGAAGGACCCUGAUGCUUCUGUGAAACGCCGUGCCUUGGAGCUUUCCUUGGCCCUGGUGUCAGCCGUCAACAUUCGCUCCAUGAUGAAGGAACUGCUCCUCUUCCUCUCCUCCUGCCCACCCGAGCUGAAGGCCCAAGCCGCCUGCGGCAUUUUCAAUGCCGCCGAGAGGUAUGCGCCCUCCCAGCGCUGGCACAUUGACACCAUCCUGCAUGUCCUCACCACGGCAGGGGGCGACGUGAGAGACGAGACGGUGCCAAACCUGAUUCAGCUCAUCACCACGGCCUCAGACCUGCACUGCUACACCGUCCACAAGCUGUACCGGGCGCUGAUCACUGACAUCUCUCAGCAAUCCCUGGUGCAGGUGGCGUGCUGGUGUAUAGGAGAGUACGGGGACCUGCUGCUGAGAGGAGAGUGUGACGAGAUAGAGCCAGUUCAGGUCAGUGAAGACGACGUCCUGGAUGCCCUGGAAACCGUACUGCAGUCCCACAUGUCAUCCCCGGCAACCCGAGGCUUUGCUCUCACGGCCACCAUGAAGUUAAGCACACGCAUCACUGAUAAUGUGGAUCGGAUUCGCAGCAUCGUCAGCAUCUACGGCAGCUGUAUAGACGUGGAGCUCCAACAGAGGGCAGUUGAGUACAAUGCUCUCUUCAAGAAAUACGACCACAUGAGGGCAGCGGUGCUGGAGAGGAUGCCUGUGAUUGACAAGAGCUCCCCGGAUCAUUCCAACGGAGAGUCAGGCGGGGGGGCUCUCAAGGAGGUGGAGCCGCCCAAACUCAAGCAGGGAGAGGCAGUGACGGCCCAAGAGCCGGCUAACCAGGUGUGUGACCUUUUGGACCUGCUGGGUGGUUCUGAGGAGCCUCCCCAGCCCGGCCCGAUCCUGGGCAGCACAGCACCAGGCCCGGCCAGCACCGCCGGAGGAGACCUGCUGGACCUGCUCGGAGGCCUGGAGACCCCAGAGACCCCGGAGACCCCAGCCCUCACACCAGCACCCACGCUGACAGUGUAUGAGAAGAACGGAGUGACUCUGAAGCUCCAUUGUCAUAAGCAGUCGGAAACAGGCCUGACAGUCACACUCACAGCCUCCAACUCCUCUGACUGGGACAUGAGCAGCUUCACCCUGCAGGCAGCGGUCCCCAAGAGUGUCCAGUUACACAUGAAGGCCCCCAGCGGGGACUUCCUCCCUGCACGAGGCACAGCAACACUGACCCAGACGGUGCUCCUCAACAACCCGAACAAGGUGAUGCUGAAGAUGAGGAUCCGCAUGUCUUACACCAGCCAGGGAUCAGCCUUUCAGGACACGAUGCAGAUCGACUCGUUCCCCGGCCCUGCCUGCCACUGACAGCCGUCAGUCAGCCCGAGACCGCAGCUCAAGUCAGCCUGAUGAUGAACUGGCAGGCUUCGCCUUUCGCGACAUCAGCCACACUACAAGACGAUGUCCUCGCCGGUCUGCACUGAUAUUUUUGAAAUACUAACUCAGAUUUUGUUUCUUUGGUAGGAUGGCAGAGCCUCACAUAUGACUCAGCCACACAUCGCUCCCUGUAGUUUCCCCCUCCCAAGUAUAAAUGAGACGGAUGGCAUUAUUUGAUGUGGUACAGUAUCACUGAAAUAUUGAAAUAUUGAUCCCCUGCACUCCUGAAUAUGAAGAUGCGGGUAUUGAGGAUGGAUGGAUAGAUGAAAUAUUGAUAUUUUUAUGGGAACUGUGCAAUCAAAACAAAUGCUGCCCUGUAAGAACCAUCCAGUGUGUAGUUUUUCUUUUUAAACACAAGCUACUAUUGCUGAUUGGAUUUAAUCGUUGAACUCCAGAAAUAUGUUACUUUUACAUGAAUCAUUUUCACGAAUCCUUUUAGUCAAUCUGAGACACUUUGACAGCUUUUUCCCCAACACUACUCCAUGUUCACUCCCUUCAUUCAUUUUUUUUAAGCUUUCCUCCCUGAAGUUGUGGCCUUCACCCUCCCUGAAUCGAUUUGCAAGCAGUGGACUGGUGUGAGCGACAUAGAAAUGUUGUUUUUCCUGAUCUAUUGCUUUUCGAUCUGUUGGGAAAUGCAAGGAAGUGGUCUUGAGAUUUCAGGGCAUUGGAUUUUAAGUAGUUGCUCCUCUCUUAUUCCUACCUCUUUUAUCCACCUAUCUACUCUGCUGCUUCUCCCCCCCUGUGCCUUCUGUGCUCUCAAGAGCAGAGGUAUCCUCACAUCCAAAAAGAAAAUUAAACCUUAGGCUUUGUUUUUGAUGUCAAAUGAUUGUUUUACCUAUGAAUGAUACUUAAUCAUUGAAAAGUGUGGUUUCCAAACAAGCAGCACUUGCUUGUCUUGACAGUAUCUCCAUGUUUGUUGUUUACAUGUCCCCUUAUUGGGUUAUUGAAUGAAAUGAAAAGUGUCUUUUCAUCUGAAUCCUGUAUGUAGUGAUACAUAUAGGAGGAAUAACAGGCAGGUUGUCUGCACAACUUACAUUUUAGCUGUUGAGUACAUAAGCACAAUGUGAAUAGAGUCUAGGUUUUUGAAAAUUCAUCCGUGCAACCCUAAAUUACACAUGCUUGGAUGUGUAUUCUUGGAGGACAAACACAACGGGCUUUAAGGUGCACCUCUGCGUGAAGACAGUAUAUUACCUUGACAGUAAAUUCAGUUCCUAAACAGCAGUGUCACUACUGAUUUCAUGUGAACACAUCACUCAUUUCACUGAUACUGGAAGUCAGCAAUAGUACGCUAAGUGGAUGUCAGUGCAAUCUGUACCUUUUUAAGACCACUACUGAAGUAAAGGACACCAGGAGAACUCAGCUUGUCGUGUACAUUGUCUUUGAAACCUUUGUCACGUGUCCUUUUCUAAUUAAAAUCGCCUUUUGAAAUCCUCA